UGACCCAAUUUUUUUUUUCAAAAUUUUCUUUAUUUUCAACAUUUGCCCUUUCCUCCAAGCGUUAUCCUCUUAAGCACGAUGGUGGUCAAAAAACCUUAUGUCUCUGUCCUCCCUUCUCAUUUUCUCUCUUCAAUUUUUUAAUUUUUUUUAUUUGUUUUCAUUUUUCUUUCAAUGAAAAAAUAUAAAAUUCGCCGAGAAAGCUAGAUGAUCAAUAUGGACCUUUUGAGUCUUUUUAUAUUUGGGAUCAAAUAUCUCCCCUUUAAUCUCGAAAAUAACGCCUUUAUUUCUUUGAUUAGAAGCUUUUACGAGACUGAUCACCCUCAUAGGAAGGAAUAGACCCUUCGGACUAUAGGGAUGUUCUCUUCGGACUUGGGGAUGUUCCCUUCGGAUUAUGUGGAUGUUCCUUUCGAACUAUGGGGAUGUUCUCUUCGGACUUGGGGAUGUUCCCUUCGGAUUAUGUGGAUGUUCCUUUCGAACUACGGGGAUUUUCUCUUCGGACUCUGGAUGUUCCCUUCGGACUAUGGAGCUGUUCCCUUCGAACUACAUAUGGUGAUGUUCCUUUCGGACUAUAGCUGUUCUCUUAAAACUGGAGAUGUUCUUUUCUAG